AUGACCAAGGAACCACGAAAAGGGAAGAACAAGUAUUGCGAUUUCCACCGAGGUCAUGGUCACGAUACAGAGCGUUGUUGGACUCUAAAGAAUUCCAUAGAAGAUCUUGUUCAAGAAGGACAUCUCAAGAAAUACGUAGAAGGCUCAAUGGAAUGCUCCCGAGAGCUCCCGCCCACCGAUCGAGGCAAAACUCUUCAGAGCACCGUUGUUCGUGGGGUCGUCGAGGUCAUCCAUGGGGGAGCCGGCCUCGCGGAUAUGCAAGCUAAACCUCCGACGAACGCCCAGCCCAUGGUGGGCUCCACCUCAGCAACAGCAGCCACUCCUCCAAUCUCAUUUGACUCCCAUGAUUUAGAAGGAGUUGCGCACCCACACGAUGAUACAUUGGUGAUAAAGGCAAUAAUAGCCGAUUACGAGGUCAAGAGAAUCUUGGUGGAUGGGGGAAGCUCGGCAGACCUACUCUUUUACCCUGCCUACUUAUCCUUGGGAUACCGCCCUGAACAGUGUCGGCCGGCAGAGAUCUGCUUGACGGGGUUCUCCGGAUCCCAGGUACCCGUGAUCGGGACCCUACCACUUCGUGUUCAGAUUGGGAGUGGUGAACAUACCGCUGAAACCAUCGUCAACUUUCAUGUAGUUGAUUGUCCUUCGGCGUACAAUUGUAUCCUCGGCCGACCUUUUCUCAUUCAACUUUGGGCUGUCCCCUCAACUUUCCAUCUCCGUCUUAAAUUCCCCACUAAGGCUGGUGUUGGGUGUGUACAAGGGGACCAAGCUCUAGCACGACAAUGUUACGCUCUGUCCCAGGAGAAAAAGGCGAUCGACGCCCGAGAGGAAGUUGCCCGCCCAGUUCCUGUUGAUGACGACGAGGAGUUCCCACUCGUUGACGAGCACACAGUUCAAAUAUCAACCGCCUGGCCGCGAGAGUCACUACAGUCCCUCCUCAAGUUACUCUGGGAAUUUGGUGAAGUAUUCGCCUGGGGUCCCGAAGAUAUGCCUGGGGUCCACCCUCGAGUGGCCGAGCACACACUCGGAAUAGCCCCUGGCUCCCGCCCCGUCCAACAAAAGCGGCGAAACUUUGCAUGGGAAAGACGCCAAGCGGUGGCCGAAGAAGUCACCAAACUCCUUAAAGCUCGGUUUAUCAGGGAAGUCUUAUACCCGACAUGGCUGGCCAACGUCGUUAUGGUAAAAAAGUCAAAUGGUCAGUGGCGCAUGUGUGUGGAUUUCACCGACCUAAACAAGGCAUGCCCUAAGGAUCCCUAUCCUCUCCCAAAAAUUGAUCAGCUCGUGGAUGCCACCUCCGGACACCAGUUCCUCACCUUUCUCGACAUGUUCUCCGGGUACCACCAGAUUCCUAUGAAGAAAGAAGACCAAGAAAAGACAGCUUUCAUGACACCUGUUGGAAACUACUGUUAUGAAGUUAUGCCCUUCGGCCUAAAAAACGCUGGUGCCACGUAUCAGCGCAUGGUAGAUCGGGUUUUUGCCCGCCAACUGGGAAGGAAUGUAGAAGCAUAUGUCGAUGACAUCUUGAUAAAGAGCAUCGGAGUGGGUGCACACCUUGAAGAUUUGAGGGAAAUGCUCAACACUAUGCGCUUGUAUGACCUCCGCCUCAAUCCAAAAAAGUGUGUCUUUGGUGCAACUGCUGGCAAGUUCCUUGGCUUUAUGCUCACCCAAAGAGGGAUCGAAGCCAACCCUCGCCAGAUUGAUGCAAUCCUUCAAAUGCCUCCUCCCACCAAAGGUCGAGAGGUGCAAGUACUUGCUGGGCGCAUCGCAGCCCUCAAUCGUUUUAUAGCCAGGGCCGGUGAUAGAUGUGCUCCGUUCUUUGCUACACUUAAAGGUGCUUGUAAGACCUUUGAGUGGACCCACGACUGUGAGAGGGCGUUCGAGGAGCUCAAAAACUACCUUGUAAACCCACAAAUACUCUCCGCCCCCGAGAAUAAUGAGGUCCUUUACUUGUACUUUGCUGUGUCUCCCAAGGCCGUGAGCGCGGUGUUAGUGCAAAAGGAUUCCACCGGGACCGAGCAUCCAGUAUAUUACACCAUCAAAACUCUCCUUGAUGCUGAAACUCGAUAUACUCCCGUGGAACAAGCAGCAUUGGCCGUAGUUGUUGCCUCCCGAAAAUUGCGCCCUUACUUCCAAGCUCACCCCAUCUGCAUCCUAACGCACCUACCCCUUCGACGCCUUCUACAGACAAUGGAUGUUGCCGGGCGCAUGAUCAACUGGGCUAUCGAGUUGAGUGAGUUCAACAUCACCUUCGUACCCCGAACGGCCAUCAAGUCACAGGUGCUUGCCGACUUCAUAGCCGAGGGCAUUCGUGGUCAACCUCCGCCAACGACGGAGACUUGGGGGAUGUUCGUUGAUGGUGCCUCUAACAAGUCCAGGGCAGGCGGCGGGGUUCUUCUAAUAAGCCCCCUCGAUGUCUCUCAUGAGUUAGCUGUGAGAUUCACAUCGCCAAAAACCAACAAUGCCGCGGAAUACGAAGCUUUACUAGCAGGACUCUCCAUGGCACAAGAACUGGGGGCACAACGUCUCGUCGUUCACUCAGACUCCACACUCGUGGUCAAUCAGGUGGAUGGGACUUUUGAAACACGGGAGCCGACACUCAUGGCUUAUGUCAAUGCCGUGCGGGCGGCCUUGGCCAACUUUAUCGAUGCUCGCGUCAUCCACAUUCCGCGAGAAGAAAACCUUCAUGCGGAUGCCCUCUCCAAACUGGCAACUGCGCGGGAUUUUUUGGACGAGAGACAUGUUAUUGUUGAACGGCGGCCUGCCUUGCUAUGCUCUCAAACAACCACUUUGCCACUCCCCCGAGACUGGCGCACGCCAAUGAUUGAAUACCUCCAACAUGGCAUCCUUCCGGCCGACCAUAAAGAAGCAGUUCGCCUGAAGCGUCGGGCGCCUUUAUACAUUAUGAUCGACAACGCUCUGUAUCGGAAGAGUUUCGCAGGCCCGUAUCUCCGGUGUCUUAGUGCGCGCGAAGCCCACUUUGCUCUCCGGGAAGUUCACCAGGGGACAUGCGCCAUGCAUGCAGGCCCGCGUAGUCUAGAAAAGACUCUCCUCCGUCAAGGAUAUUACUGGCCAACAAUUCGACGGGAUGCCCGAGAGUAUGUUAAGGUAUGCUCCAAGUGCCAAAUAGCCGCCCGAGUACCCCGUGCGCCCACUGCGCCAAUGCAAGGGAACCUCAGUCCUUGGCCUUUUGCUCAGUGGGGAAUGGAUUUCCUCGGUCCUUUUCCCGAGGCACCCGGGAGGAAAAAGUAUUUGAUAGUCGCUAUCGACUAUUUCACCAAAUGGAUAGAGGCCGAUGCUCUAACUGGCAUGACCACCCAACAGGUUGUGAAGUUCCUAUGGACCCACAUCAUUUGUCGGUUCAGCCUCCCUCACACCAUUGUGUUGGAUCAAGGAACACAAUUUAAGAGUCAGGACCUCCAGACGUACUGUGCCCAGUAUGGCGUUCUCCUUCGAUAUGCAUUUGUCUCCUACCCUCAGGCUAACGGUCAGGCGGAGUCCGCCAACAAAAAUAUCUUGUGGGGACUAAAAACCCGUAUAGACGACGCCAAAGGGAAAUGGGUGGAAGAACUUUCUCAUGUCCUGUGGGCUCACCGAACCUCCUACAAAACUGCCAUAGGAGAUACACCGUACGCGCUCACUUAUGGAACCGACGCGGUGUUACCCAUCGAAAUGGAACUGUCGUCAUAUCGGGUUGAAGCCUUCCGCCCGAAAGCCAACAAUGAGGAGCUCACCCACAACCUCGACCUUGUUGAAGAACGUCGAGAAGAUGCUCGGCUACGCCUGGUUGCCAGCCAAGAAAGGGUUGCUCGAUACUACAACUCUAAGGUUAGAGAGCGGCCUCUCCAGGUUGGGGAUUGGGUGCUUCGACGAAAUUUCCGCCCCGAAGAAGGUCUGGGAAAGUUCACACCCAAGUGGGAAGGCCCAUAUAGGGUAAGAGAAGUUGUCGGUCCCAACACGGUGAAGCUAGAAGAUGCCGACGGUGAAGAUAUGUCUAAAACCUGGAACGCCAUGCACCUACGUAGGUAUUUCACACCCAUGUAA